AUGCAGUUAUCACAUCAAGAUGAAGAAAUUGAAGAUCUUCUACAAGAAUUGUCACGACUCAAACUACGACUAUCAAGGAUUGAACGAAGGGAAAACUUGAGCUCCCUUGGCCGGGACUUUAAUGGUGUUCGGGGCAAGUAUGCUGCCACGACGGAUUCGAGAUCCCUCAUUCCAACUAAAUCCUUACGAACCUUUGACAAUGGCGAGGGCAUCUCAGAUGAUCAAAUCUCUUCUACCCACAAAGAUGUGUUUGAAAGAACACCUCCUUCGCUUCGCCGCACCAAUCUCUAUUGUUGGGAGGCUAAGCAUCAUACUCCCUUAUUUCCUCGCAUCUUCGGCCACAAAGCCAAAGAAAUUGUUGAAUGUAUUGGUGAGGGUGUUAAUGAACUCAAGGAAGGAGACAAUGUUCUUCCUAUCUUCAUAGGCGAAAGCAAGGAAGGUGUGCAUUGUAAAUCAGAAAAGAAUAAUAUGUGUGAUUUGUUGUGGAUUGAUACUGAUAGAAGUAUAAUGUUAAGCGAUAGAAGAUCAAGAUUUACAGUAAAAGGAACUUCCAUCCACCACUUCCUUGGAACUUCAACCUUCAGUGAAUACACAGCAGUUCAUGAUGGUUGUUUUGGCAAGCUUGAUCCAUCUACUCCUCUCGACAAAGUUUGUAUUCCCGGUUGUAGUAUUUUCAUAGGGUUGGGGGCAACGCUCAACAUUGCAAAGCCAAAAAUAAGAUCCAUUGUAACCAUUUUUGGUAUAAACGAGUUUCUGAAUUCCAAGGAUUAUGAUAAGCCAAUUACAUAUGCUUAUACUACAAUUGAGAAAUUAAAGAUUGGAUUUCAGGUGGUGAUCCCACUUCCAAGAAGUUCUUGGGUCUUGUGUGAGUUGCGAGUUCUUGCAGCUCGCAUGUUCUUGUCCGUCGCCGUGUCGCCUCCGCCGCCAGCGUCAUUCUAG